AAUAUAUCCGAAUCUCCACAUUAGGAACGCAAGAGCCUUUCUAGAUCAAACCCAGAGGUCCACCUGGUCCAACAUUCAACAGUGGCCUAUCAGAUGCCUAUGGGAACCCUUCUGACUUAUCAUCCCCAGCAACAACUUUUUCCACACUGUUCCAACAUUCUCAUCAAGCUAUUCUCAUCAAGCUACGUUCUCAUCAACCCAAGAUCCCUUGUCACCCAGUUUGGAAAGAUAUUUCUGGAGCUCUUUUGCAAUCCCUUUUUGUCUGACCACCCUGAAAAAAAUUGGUGUCCUCAGCAAACUUGGCCAACUCGCUGCUCGCCCCUUACUCAAGGUCAUACCGGAAAGGUGCUGGGAGAAAAAUCUGCAGCAAUCAAGAGAGAAAGUAGCUUCCUGAAGUAAUACAUCUUUCUUACUUCAUUAGUUGCAAAAUCAUCAGAGCUAAGAUCAGCAUGGCAAGGGAAAAGAAAGACUCGAGUCUAGGUAAUGAUUUUCACAAUGCAUUUUCUGUCCAUGUGAACGAGUCAAAAGAGUCCCAUGAUAUAUACUCAUCUGUACAACUGUAACAUAUGACAGCCACAGAUGCAGAAAGCAAUUAUUGUGAUUGCAUGACAUGCAGAUGUUCUUAAGUGUCAAAACAGUGGAAUGUGUCCAGAGAAGCCUAUUCCUGGCCUCAGAACCGGUUGAGACCUCCUUGCAAGAGCAGGACCUCAGACCAACAUUAUUGUUUGCCCUAGCACCUGGCAAUUGGCAGUAUAAUGGUUCUGAGCAUGUAGGUUCCGAGCAUGUAGCAUGUAGUAUACUGUUUGUUUAAUAUACAUAACCUCCAUCAGUAUAUAUUUAAUAGAUUGUUAAAGCCAUAAAUGCUAGUAGCCUUCUCCACAGCUUGUGUCAAAGAACGUUAAAAGUUAAUUGCGUGCCGAGGUACCAAGAAGACCCCCCAAUAACUCACACCAAACACCAUCAUUUUAGUUUAAGGUUUUUUGGCAUUAAAUUUGGCCACAACUUUAUUAAAUUACAAAUCAAUUGUGAGUGGUUGCUUAGUUAUCCAAUAUCCGUACCCCUUGAGCAAUUUAUUUGAACCAAUGACUAACCGCCGCAACCUUACAAGUUGUGACUAAUUGCAGCAUGGUAGGCAAAAACCACCUGGUACCAGCCAAUCAACCAGGUGACAAAAUUCCUACCAGGCCCCUGAAUACAGGCGACCCCAUGACAGGCACUGCAAGUUCAAAGCAAAGGGCCUAAACAUAGCGGAGGGCGGGUGGGAGAUUCAAUGUGAGCAGCAAAGAGGUGGCACAAACUGCUCCAUAGCAUUAUAUACCAUCUUGGCUGUCAAUCAAGCAAUUGCAACAAGCAAAUUCCCCCAGCAACAGCCAUUCCCACCAAUCACAUCCCAGAGGUCAUCAAGACUGACCCGCCUCCAACAGCCCUGGGUCUUCGUGUUAACCCUUCCGCAACCCAUGUUCUCUCCUAUGGUGAGAACCUGCUUUACAUGAUUGAAGAAGUACUUGCUUUUUCUCUGCCCUGAACCUACUGUGUAUCAAUCAACUCCCAAGUUCUAGAAUUCAGACAGAAAGUAAAAUUUCAUCUGCAUUAUUCAUGAUUCUGUAAACCUCUAUCCAUCUUACUUUUCCCCUACGUUAAAAGCCCUUAUUUGUAGCAUUUUGCUUUUGUUGUUGUUGCCAAAAUGACUCUCGUUCCCGAUGCAUUUGAAAAUCACAAUGGCCACUUCCCAAACAAACAAUACUUUGGCUGCCAUGAUAAACAAGUACAACUCUCUUUUGUAGGUUAAACUCCAGUAUCGAUAUCAACAAAGUACAUUUCUAAAAACAGUCCAUAAGAAGUACUGAAGUUAAUUAACAGGGACAGUUGAAGGUUGAAUAAUUGGUCUGUGCCUGGUUUUAUGCCAGUUUCAGAUGUUUUCAGUCACAUGUUUGUUCUACCCCAUUUGAACAUAAAUCUACCAAAAAUAUAAUAUUAAAUCUGCAUGAAAAAUAUAAAAAUGAAAAUAUAUUUUUACUGUACUUUUUUGUCAAAAUAGACAUUUCUUAAUAUACUCAAGUAUAAGCCUACUUUUUGAGCACCAAAAAUGUGCUGAAAAAGCCGCCCUCGGCUUAUAUUCAAGUGAGGCAGGCGGCGGCGGAGAAAGGCACAGGACCGGGGGUUCAGAGAAGCGCUGUGCUGUGACUCUCCAAACCCCCAUCCUACGCCUGCUCUGUGCAAAGCGGUGGGGAGGGAGAAGCAGCGAGGAAGGGAUCCUUCCUCGCCGUUUCACCCCCCCACCCUGCUGCCGACAGCUGAGAAAGGCAUAGGAUGGUAUUUAUUUUUAAUUUUGAAAUUUACCAGUAGCUGCUGCUGGUAUAAGCCCACCCUUGGCUUAUACUCGAGUAAAUAAGUUUACCCAGUUUUUUGAGGUCAAAUUAGGUGCCUCGGCUUAUAUUCAGGUCGGCUUAUACUCGAGGAUAUACGGUACCUUUUCUCCCAAAAUAUCUAUUUUUGUAUGUGUUCUGAUUUUUUUUAAAAACAAACAGACAAACAAAACCCCACACUUUUGAGCUGAAAACUGUGAUAACCUUUGGGAAAGUGUGUGUUCCAAUUUUCUGAUCCAUAUAUCAUCCAGGAAGUGGGUAUCAGGUAAGUUCAUAUCAGAAUAUGCAACAAUUUGGUUUUCUCAAGCAUCCCUAGUAGGAAGUUAAAGUUAACAGUGACCAACUAACAAUGUUGCUAAGAUGUUAUAUUUCUGAAUGCAUCAUAUUAUCAUAUACGGGACCAGCAUGUGAAAAGGAAAACUUAGGGUACACAUUAAACACAUUAUUCCUUUCAUGUGUAUCCAUCCUCUGUAUUUCAUUAUUUCAGCACUGUCCUUCGGUCCCUUUCAUGUUUCUCCCAACUUAAUCCUGCUUGCCUUUCUGCUAGUUUCUUCCAUCAAUCAUUCUCCCUCUGCUUACAUCUCAAGAAGUGCCUUUGCUCAUUUCAGAAGAUGCUUUCUGGCUGUGCUCACUGAGGACAGAGGCGACAGACAUCCCCAAAAAGCAGUAACAUCAGAUUAGUUUAGACCAGGCAUGUCAAACCUGCGGCCCUCCAGAUGAUUUGGACUACAAUUCCCAUCUUCCCCAACCACUGGUCCUGCUAGCUAGGGAUCAUGGGAGUUGUAGGCCAAAACAUCUGGAGGGCCGCAGGUUUGACAUGCCUGGUUUAGACUAAAAGGAGGAGGAGGAAGGGGAAAGGAAACCUGCCAUGGAUCAUUUCAAAAUCAGGACUUUGACAUGUGUGAUUUUAUUACCGCAGGGUUUCACACAUACUCGUACCCUUUCAAUAGGAGUAUUGUGUCAGUAUAUAAAUUGCCAAAAGUGUUGACCAGGAAUGUGAAGAAAGUUGAGGUAUAAUUUGACACUGACCCUCGGGCUAACUUGUAUCUCCUUGUAUGUCAUCAUAUCUCCCUCUGGUCUCUGACUUGUGCAGAGGAAAAGAGCUUGCUAGAAUCACAGACACUAUCAAUCAUACUGUGCUGUUGCCCCGCUGUAGACUUCUGCUUCUCAGUCUUACUGAACAAUAUUCCCUCUUUGACCAUGAUUUAAUAGGAUUCCUAUAGCAAACUCAGCUCUUCUCUUUUAUCGUGCCUGGAACAACAAGGGAGGGCUGAAAAAAGAGCUGUACACCAGCCCAAGAUUGUGGGGGGACGACAACCAUAACUUUAUUUCAAAUGGCAAACUGUUUAGUAACCCCAUUGCAGAAGCAGGAUAUGAAGAAGAAGAAGAAGAAGAGGAAGAAGAAGAAGAAGAAGAAGAAGAAGAAGAAGAAGAAGAAGAAGAAGAAGAAGAAGAAGAAGAAGAAGAAGAAAACACUGAUACAGAGACCGUUCUAGUACACCCAUGAAAAUUACUGAACCUUGGUCAUUCCUGUAAACUUUAAUAGGCCUACUCUGUGUAGGACUAGCAUUGGAUGUGACCUUGAUUCAGUCUACCAGUUGGUUAUCUACCUAGAGAAGCAGAAUGGCAUUGGAAUGAGGCCAAUGCACAUUGGGCAUGGCUCUCCUUUGCCAGUUCCCGUAGAGAAGCAUCUGGUCUGAGCCAAUGUCAGGAUUUGACAUAUCUUGACACUUGCCAAGGACCACUGCCAUCAUGGCUGGGGGGGGGGGCACAGCCAAUCUGCGGAGCUGGCUCCUCCUCCUUUCCAUUGCUUCCUGUUCACCUGUCUGCUUCCCAAUGAAAUGAGCAAGGAGAAGCAGGAAUAAACUCUGAGCACCUUGCUUUCACUUUGAGAGGUGUCACUAAUGGGCCUAAAGAGUAGCAGUUCUCACCUCUUAGGGGAAGAGGGGCCACAUAAGAAAGGGAAUCCAGUGAGAACAUCUUCCCCAGUGGACCCCCCCCCCCAAAAAAAAUCUUGAACCAGUGCUGCUUCUGACUCCAUCUCCAGACACUCAAUGCAUCUGGUUACGGUACUUGUAGCACUGGGUAUCUUUGACAUCAGUUGUGCUCCUCUAACUUAUUCUUAAAUGCCCUGGGCCCUGCCUCCUACAAUGUGUCACCAUACUGAGCAGCUCCUGGCAUGCACAGCCAAAUUAGAAGAAUAUCCAAUGUUCCUAUCAAGCCUGCCCAAUGUUGCCAGCCAGAUAUGUCCCAAGACAAGCAAGCAAUGCUUCUGAAUACAUCUGGGUGGCCACCGUGAGAUGCUGGACUAGAUGAACCAUUGGCCCGAUCCAGCAGACUCUUCUGAUGUGCUAAUAAUAAUAAUAAUAAUAAUAAUAAUAAUAAUAAUAAUAAUUUAUUAUUUAUACCCCGCCCAUUUGGCUGGGUUUCCCCAGCCACUCUGGGCGACUUCCAACAGAAAAAUAAAACACAAUAAUCUAUUAAAUGUUAAAAGCCUCCCUGAACAGGGCUGCCUUCAGAUGUCUUCUAAAAGUCUGGUAGUUGUUUUCCUUUUUGACAUCUGUUGGGAGGGCAUUCCACAGGGUAGGCACCACCACCGAGAAGGCCCUCUGCCUAGUUCCCUGCAACUUGGCUUCUCACAACGAGGGAACCGCCAGAAGGCCCUCAGUGCUGGACCUCAGUGUCCGAGCAGAAUGAUGGAGGUGGAGACGCUUAUGAUAACAUCCAAUGACCACAUCAGCAAUUAAACCACACACCUCUACCAGUUCAAUUGUAACUUACUAAAUUGGCAGAGCUAUGUAAGUAUUGAAGGAAAAACAUACUUAGAUGGUUGAACUGAAUUUAAGAUAAGCACCUGGCAGAAGGAGAUGUCAGACGUUGUGAGCAUACAUUAACUAGACAGUAGUAACACAGGAGUGCUGUUCUCUGAUCUCCUGCCUGGUCAGAAAAACCAAUUAGGAGAUCAGUGUCAAAUGCUACCUGGAGAAAAUUGGGAAGGUGGGGUAUUAUCGGUGUGAUACUGAGAAGUUUUCAUACUGUGAAGAAAGUAGAGCCACCUAUUAUUACUAUCCAGAAAAUGAUCCAAUUUGAAAUUUUCAAUUAUGCCUCCCUGCUGGGAUUCCUUGAUUCCUAUAACAACAUGAUGGUCUGGGCAACUUCUGUGUUUUUAACUGUUCCUCAGCUGUCCACACAGCAGUUCCCAUGAUCAAAGUUGUACAAGAAGCUUUAAAAGAGAAGAAGGGAGAGUAAUUUGAGAAGAAACACUUUUUUGUGACUGCAGUAUUGGCUUUAGGAGAUUUUCAGAAUUAGACAUUUCCUGCAACUUAUGCAGAUUAUGCAGCUGGUAUGCAUUGAGUUUUGCUUUUAUCAGCUAUUGUUGCAAACCAUAAUUUUAAAUACAAUUCCAAAUAAAUGGAAAGUAUGAUCCCAACUUAGGAGGAGGAGGAGGAAGAGGAGGUGGCUUUGGAAAAGAGGAGAGGAUUUCGGUGCAGUGUGGGAGAAACAGCUGCAUCAUGUACAGCAGAGACCACCAGUAGUGCCCUUGGAGAGUGCCUUGUGUGAAAAGGGCAUGUGGGAGGAUGACAGCUGCAAGAGAAGGACUGGGUGUAGAUUGUGGGUUUGGGAAGCCAAAUACAUAAACAGUUCAGGAUGGGAACACACCUCUAGCUUCUCCACUGGAAUCUAUCUGGGUGUCAUCACGAGACAGCUUUGAGCUGUAAAUUAUCAGGCAAAAGGAACACUCUGCUCCUGGUUUACCUUGCCAAAUCCAUCUUUGUGUAAACAUGGAAAAUAUCCCCAAAAUAUUUGCUGUAAUAUUUUGUGCAGCGUCGGCAGUGGGAAAUAAUUGUGUAAGCUGACAAUUCAGGUUUCAGCAGAAAGGUGGUCCUUUAGGAUUUCUCCCAUGUACAGUGGCAGAAGGAUCUUGGAAGGAGAAAUCACCCCCAUUCCACAUGUGGCUGAGUCGCUCCUCCAUUGCCAGACAUGACCUCCAAUGCUCCAAGCUCAUUGAGCAAAGGGCCUGGAUGCAGAAAUGCCCUCUCCCCUCCUCCUGACCAACAGGAAAGUAAUAGCUAAUUGGAUAUCUGGAUCUUGUGUUUGCAUCUCAUCCACUGUCUGUUUAUUUUAUUGAACUAUCUAUCAAUCUAUCUUGCUCUGGAAUAUAGAUCCUGACCCGUUUUUGACACAUACACAAAGCAACAUUGUCCCCUCCCCCCAAAAUUAAAAGUAACUAGGUUUUUCUGAAAAGCAGCAAUCAAAUAUAUAUUACAAACAAAACAAGAGUAUGGAAAACUAUGGUAGUAUGGUGUGUAUUGGCCAUUUGCAUUUUUGAAAAAUGUUUUGGUUUCCCCCCUUUUUUACUUACAUCUGUAAUGGACUGCCACCAAAUCAUUAUCAAGCCUUUAUUUGGGUCUGAAUUACCUAAUGCAGACAAGGCUCUUUGAUUGGCUUCCUUCCUGACAAUAUUCUUCUGGGUUCUUUUUUAUUUCCAUACUGACAUCUAUUGGAGCUUUUAAGAACAUUCCUUUGCAAUGUAAGCAAUUAUUCAGUGCAGGAGAUGUAGUCUCCAGUUUAAUAAAAGUCUCAGGCAGAGCAAUUAUGUUUGAAAACAAAUGGAAAGAUUACUUUUCAGGCAACUGUCGCUCCCCAAAUAUGAAUACAAAGUAACACGAAGGCCAUUCUGCUUAUUGAGCUUCUAAAUAUACAACUAAUAUUAACACCUCGAAGCAUUUUUAGUACUGUACAUGCAUUUUUAAAAUAUAUAUAACAAAGUCCUAUGGUGUUGAUGGCAUGGUGUAUCUGAAUUAUAUCAUAUUGCUAUGGUUCCCAAAUUUUUGAGAGCUGAGGCACCAUCCUUCUACAAAUUUAAACUGGACAGAUAACAUGCUUCACUACCUAGUGCUUUUGCAUGAAUCAUUGAUAUGAACAUGACUCCUCUGACACAACAGGUAACAUGAGGACAGGAGUUCUUGUGCUGUCUAACAGGGAUUCCCAUCAUGAUGUCUGUGGGCAAAGGUGCACCCAUAGAGGUCUUCCCAGGAUCUUCUCUCACCCCUCAUCCCACUGAAAAUAGCAUUGAAAGUAGCCAAUAGAAUAGGCUGCAAUGUGUGCUUGCUUGUGGUGUGUAGUGCCCACAACAGUUCACAAACAUGCACAGUGCCUACUCUUAUGACAUUUCAACACCAGACACAACUUUUAUUUUUUUUUAUUCUCCCACAGUGAUCCCAGGAACUCUUUCCAGUAGGUCUUGCCCCAGUGAGGCAGUUGUGAGAACUGAAGUUUCCUGUUUUCCCACCACUCUCUAAGGCUCCUCCUCCAGCAGCCUAAGGCUCCUUCGCCUUGUUUCUCUUUGCUUUGCCCUCUUCAUUCCUCUUUGUGGUCGCAGGUGAAGAGGGAGAUUCCUUGGCUUCUUCAGCAGCCUGUUUCUUGACCCCCACUCUGCUUCUACCUCUGCUUCUGGACUACUCUCUGCCACAGCCUCUUCCUGCUCACUAAACCCUGUUACCUCUUCAGCUUCCGAUACCUCCCCCUGCCAGUCUGCUCCUUCUUCCUCUGACCACUCCUCGUCAUCCCAACACCAAUCCCCAAGUUCUGAGCCUUGUUCCUCUUGGGGUUCCCCAACUGGUGCCUCCCACCACCACUUGGCAAUCCAUCCAGUCUAUGCCAGCCUCCUUGGUGAGCUCACAUGAGCCUUUAAUUUUUUAAAAAAAUUUUUUACAGCAUACAAGCAUACCCCAGCAUGUGGCUGGCAAAAUCUUGUCUCAGUAAUAUAACAUAAUGGUCAAGUUCCUGCUUUUCUCCUGCCAGCAGCCAUCCUGGCUCUAAACAGAUAUUAAACGAUAAUAAGAUCUUUUACCAUUGCCUAAUUCAAUAUCGUUCCCAACUACUUGAUUUUGAUAUUGUUCAGAACUACAUUCAUCAUGGGGCAUUAUUUCUAUUCAAAUCCUUUGCUUUUCAUUAUAUUGAAUUAAUACUCAUUACAUAGCCUAUUCCUCUGUCGAUCCCACUUGCCAAAUCUGUCAAGAUUAGUGCAUAAAAUAGUGACAGUCCUCUGAGCCUUAAGAACUCCCCCUAUUUUUGUACCAUUUGCAAAUUUAAUGAUCCUGCAUGUAGGAGCUUUGUCUAAAUCCUUGUAUAAAAUAUUCAAGAGUGUCAGAGCUAAUCACGAGCCCAGUGGGACAUCACUCCUCACUGACUCACUGUGCUUCACCGCAAACUCCCGUUCUUGUUCUUUUUCCUACAGUGUAUGCUAAGUGGCACCUCAUUUCUCCUACUGACAUUUCACAAGCAAACAACUGAAGUCACAGGAUUACAGAAAGCGAAAAUAUCCUAGUGUGACAAAUAUUAGUAACAGGAACCAAAGCGGCUCCUAAUAAUUUUUUUUAAGCACCAAAUUCUCAGCCUCAGGUGUAUUUCACAGGUACAAUUUAACUGUCUUCAGAAUUUAUAUCCUGUCACAUGUUACUCCUUGGGGUGCAUUCCAUUGUCUCUCAAGACAGACAGAUUCCAACAACAACAACAACAACAACAACAACAACAACAACAACAACAACAACAACAACAACAUGUUACUCGCUUAGGGCAGGGGUAACCAAGCUAGUGCCUUACUGAUGUUCCUUGAGUACAGCUCCCAUCAGCCCCAGUCAGGGAUAAUGGGAGUUGUAAUCCAGGAACUUCUGCAGUAGGGGGUUGUUGCAACUAGUGCUGGGCCAAAACCACAAGAGCACUGAGGGUUUUCUUGUCCUUUCUUCUCAUUUUACUUUUUUUAAAAGGAUUGCCAUCACUUAACUAGGUGUCUCAUCCACAGCUGUUUAAAAAAAAUAAAAGGAGGGAAGAAACCUAGUCUUGUCUCAUUUUUUUUAAAGAAAAAAAUCGAAUCCCCUCCCCAAAGGUCUUAGAACUUCACACUCUGAAACACAAAGCAGGUUAUCCCAUAAAGGAGAGCAUGGGUUGUGGAAGGGUUAACAAGACAUCCCAGGGUAGGAGAGGUGGGUCAGUUUGGAUGGCCGCAUGUGUGAUUGGUGGGUGUGCUGUUGCUGGGGAGAUUUGCUUGUAGCAAGUGAUUGAUUGACAGCCUUACCCUAUAUAUGCUUAGAGAGCAGCUUUCAGUUCUACUUUUGCUGCUCGCAACGAAUCUCCCGCCUGCCCUCCUCUAAUUUUAGGUGUUUUUGCAUUGACCUUGCUGUGCCUCUCAUGGGGUCGCCUGUUUUGGAUCAGGGGCCUGGUAGGAAUUUUGCCACUUGGCUGAUUGGCUGGUGCCAGGUGGUUUUUUCCUACUACGCUGCAAUAAGUCACAACUUGUAAGGUUAGCGGUUAGGCAUUGGUUCAAAUUGGAUGGUUGAGGGGUACGGAUUUGGUUGGGCCUGCCCCUCAUGGUUGCUGCUGCCUUUAGGGGUAUUCCUUUAAAGGAAUCCUGGGGCUAUACAUGUAGUCCGUGUAUCCCCGCCAGGGGCCAGGGCCACGCAUGAGCCUCAGGGAACAUCUGAGGGAUGAGGUCAAGGGCGUGGCCCCUGCCCAGAUCUCUCCUGGUAAGGAUGCUUACCUACUUGCUCCCCUACUAGGCUAGUGGGAGUCAGAUCUGUCCCAGGCGGGGGACAGACGGCAAGAACCAAUGCCUAAGCAACCACUCACAUUCAGUUGUAUUUAAAGAAAGUUGUGGCCAAAUUAAUGCCAAAAACCUUAAACUUAAAAUAUUGUGUGAGGUGUGUGUUGUUGGGGGGAUGUCUUGGUACCUCGGCAUGCAACAGAUAUCUCACUCUAAAGUUUCCUUUGUGAAGGAUUCCCUUUUACCUCCAAGGCAUUUUAGCUUUCAUUGUGGAAGAUCCUGUUGCAAUCCCACCACUACCACCCAAUUGUGCAGAUGUGGAUUUCCUUCCACUGCCUUAUCUUUUGCUGCCACCAGCCAUUCCUGCUUGGUCUCCUUCUGAGCCAGGAAGUCUCUCCUCCCUCCUCUGUAGGGAAAGGACUAGAGGGGUCAUAGAAGGAAAUGAGAACGAUUUGUAAAGAUAAUAUUUUUUAAAGCAAUAAUAAUAAACUGGGAACAUGGAGAGGGAGAGGCUAAGGCAAGAAAGAUGUUAAAGGAGGAAGUGAAUAUAAAAAAUAGGACAGUGAGAUGAACAAAACUCAGUUUGGGAGUUGGCAAAGGUACAAGUUAAGUGUAAAAGGAGAGAGGGAGAAGAAAUGGCAGGAGAUGAGUGAAAUAUUUUUAGAAGCAUGUGGGGAGAGGAAAAACAUAAAAAGUUUUUGUCUCUUAAAGUGUUUGGUGCCACAAAUUCUGCCUAAAAUGAGGAACCUGGAUUAUAAUUCUUCCAGAACCAGUGUCUGUACUUGGUUUGAGGAAAGCUGAACUAUGGAUCCUCCUGCUAUAAACAAAUCACUGUUACAAUUAAUUUAGCCAUUUCCAAAGAAGGGUUGGGCAUCAAUAGGAAAUGAUGUCAGUAAUUGCCUGCUAAUUAUGUCAGUCUCCAUUUCCACUUCCCUUGGCUGUGCUGCUGGCUCCACCCGUGCACUAUUUUGUGAAUGAUGUGAAUGAUGGACCUCAGACAUUUUUAGGCCUCUCAAGUGGGUCCCAAGGGUAGAAGGUUUUGGAAUCCCAUGUCUGUUUGACCACCUGUUACUUUCUGACAUACUGUAUACCAGUCAUCUUUAAAUAAUAGACAAUGAGUAAAGACAGUAUGCUCCCACUUGGAAAUAAGUGCCUGACCACUGUCCCCUUUUUAUUUCACUGUCCAGUAUAAAAACAGUUAAUGUUACAAUGGCACAACUGCAAACCUGCUAGGCAAUACUUCCUUUUCUACAACUGUAUCAGCUCCCCUCUUUCUUGGCAGAUCACAAACUGUAGGCUGGUGAAUUCCUGUGGUGCCAGAAGGACGGCAACACAGGAGCCAACUCCUUGGAGCUGAGGGGUCUUUGCCCCCUCUAUUAAAAUAUUUGAGGGGGCCACCCCCCAGAGUUGAUGGGCAUUGCCAUUCAAAGUGUCUUGUGAUUGAUUAUGCAAUUGGGGGGGGCCUUGCCUGCCCCCCAUAUUUUAUUUAAGUUAACACCCCUGGAUAGUAACAUUUGUGUCAGUUGCUUUAGAAAGUUUAAGGUUAUUCCUUCAAAGGGACAUUCAGUUCUGAAACACAUUGAGCUACACUAAAUGCCAAUAGUUGGCACUAUGAAGGGCACGCAUUGACUUUCUGCGUGUACCCCAAAUAAUCAGGGUGAUUUGGGUCAAGAUCUCACAUUUCUGACUCAGAUCGUGCCAUUAACAAGGUGUGCCAAGACAGGUCAGGGAGUCCCUAUACUUUUGAGUAGCUCUGUUGCCUGGGCUUUUCCAAAACUUUAAAAACACAACCUUUUAUUUUCUGAGUAAUAAAACCAAGCGAACUGGGGAAACACCCAGAGCUUGAGAAAGGAGGAGGUGGGAUCUUUAACUUUGUCAAAAAUGGUCUAGCUAUUAAUCACAGUGAAUUAUUUCCCCAGUGCACUCCAGUCACAGUGAUUUCAGGGGGGGGGGAUGUUGAAGUAAAGAGAGUUGUCCUUCAGAUGGGUUAUCAUUCCCCUCAGAGUUUUGGCUGUAUAUAUUUCAUUUUAAAUAUGAAUCACAUUUGAAUGCCCAUAUGCAUGAGCAGUCACAACUAUUAAACUAUGCACACAUGCCUGUCCUUUCAAAACCUUUUCCUUGGUUUCAGUGACAUUUCUGUGAGAUUCUCAAGAACACUUCUAUCAGGGAGCAAUAGUUAAAUCUGCUCAUGAGUAAUCAGCUAAUAUCAGAGACCAAUCACCAUUGCUUUACUCUUUAUUUGUAUUAAUGGAACUAAUUAAUUAAUUAAUUAAUGAAAUUUAUAUACCACCCUUCAUCAAGAGAUCCAAGGACAGUUCACAGAAUAAAAUACAAGAUAAAACACAAGUAAACAAUUAACCCCAAACAACAAACAAUAACCCACCCUCCCUUCCUACAGACACAUUUAAAAGGCUAUUAAGCAGCAAAAAGGUCUCGUUUAAAGGCCUGCAUUAGACUUCUAGCCAUUCCUCCACCAAUAACUUCUUCAUUUCCUUAUCAACAGCAUUCAAAUAUUAUUAAAUAAGAGAGCCGGGCAAGCUGUGCCAGUUAUAUGCUCUGAAACAAAAUGGAUGAGCUGUAGUUUCAAGGGUUUUGCCCUUGCCAACAUGAUACAAGGUUUUGUAUUAAAGGGUAGUUAAAAACGCAUUCAGUCAUCAUGACCAAAAUGACCUCUAAAAUAUACAGAGGCCAGCACAAGAAAAAAAUGUGUGCUACCCAAACUUUUAUCUGGUGAAUGGAAGCAGCCGGGAGCUUGUAUGACUCUUGUAUUGCAGUUGUACAAAGGUAAUUGGGGUCAUCCAGCAGUGAUGUAUCUUCUCCACAAAUCUGGGUGAUUGUAAUUGAAGAUUAAAUAAUGCACUGUGGAGGGAUUACUCAUGUCUGUGGCAGAUAAUUAUACUGGCUGAAGUAAAUAGCCUGAUACAUCAAACUGAGGAAUUGAUUAGUAAUAAGGAAUUAGCCUGGGUCUAUCACGCUUUGAAGCAGUAGCAUCUAUACCUAGCCUGAAUAAGUAUUUUCAAUCUUUCUUCCGUAACCUUUAGGUGUGAAGUUCCUAGAAAUAGACCUGUACUUUAUGAAUGAUUCUGAGCAACAAACACACACUUAAUUAUGCAGCAUACUCGGACAUGUCAGGAUAGUUUAUUGGUCUAGUCUAACAAUUAAUAUGUCUUGGGCACUGCUUGUAUUUUCCCCCAUUCAGUUGCAAAUGCCAUUUUUGGCAUAAAAAAUAAUAAUUAAUACAGUGUAUUUCAAAGGUCAGGUUGAUAAAAUCAAUAAAUUAUACGGCUAGGAUGGUAAACUGAAAAUAUUCCUAGCAGCAAACGGAUUUAUUGAGUUUUUUCAAUGGCAAAAUUUGUCAGUCACAAGUUACUAUUAUGUCCAGAUAAUAGGACUCAUUCUCACAUGCAGGUAUAUUAUAUGCAAUCUCCUUCCUCAGUCUAACAUAUAGUAUAGCUGAAUGUGUCAUCUCCUUCCCUUGACUAAUAUUGUGUGGAAGAAAAUUUGAAGGCUAUGCAAACAGACUUUAAUUAUAUUAGCUCAUGUACCUUGUAUUCCCCCCCCCCCUGUACAGUGGUGCCUCGCUAGAUGAAUUUAAUUCAUUCCAUGGGUCAAUUCAUAUAACGAAAAAUUCAUCUAGCGAAUCCCAUAGGAAUGCAUUGAAAUUUUUUUUAAUUAUUUUUUGCCCAUAGGAACACAUUAAUUGAAUUUCAAUGCAUUCCUAUGGGAAACCACAAUUAGCUAGAUGAAUUUUUCACAAAAUGAAUUCGUCUAGCGAGACAACCUCUGCUAGAAAAAUCUAUUCGUUAGGUGAAAAAUUAGUCUUACAGGGCAUUCGUCUAGCAAGGCACCACUGUAAGGACAUAUUGUUGCAUGCCACCCCAAUCUCCGAGUGCUGCGAGAUUUCAGGGGUUCCAGGCACUUCCCCAGGGCUUGUGUUUCCUUUUGGAAAUGAGGCACGGGGGAGACUGUGGUGUCUUUAGUAUGUAUGGUUUAUGUAGACAUAUAUACAACCUGAGUCUGUUAUGUCUGUUCACAGCAUCAACACCCCCAAAAGGUCUUGCUUUUCCCAUAGCUGCAGCCUUGGGAUUCCAGCAGAGACUCAGCAUGGCUCUUUGUCUCUCAGUUUGCAGAUUCGCUUCUAGGUCAAUUCACCCUUAACUCUCCACCUUUAACUCUGGCUUUUGUCCUUCUCAUUACCUGUGAGUUGAAGGAGGGACCCCAGCCAUUCAUAUCUCCCACAGAGCCCCUUCCUUUGUUCCCCUUACACUUCACCAGGAGGCUAGCCUGGUUUGAUUAACCUUUAACACUUGCUGGAUCCAAGGAUUAAAAGUCUGGCACCCAUCUUAACACCUUAUGCCUUGACUGAAUUCUAACCCUUGCUGGAUACAGGGCACUAAAAUAAGAAAAUCAAACGAAUAAAACAAUUCCAAAAAUGCAUGAAAGUAACAAGUUGGGCCUGGGCUGUAGGAAGGUUUCUCCUUCAAGUUUUACAUUUACACAUAAUCUAUUAAUGCUAAUUUCUUAUCAUGGCCUAGCACACACAAGGAGCUUAGUAAAAAUUGGCAUUCAUGUCUUCUUCCAAUAAAUCUCUUAAGGAUUGUCUAACAAUCUUCCCUUCAAAGGUGAGGACUAUGUCUCAGGAGCUUAGAGUGUGAUGUGCAAAGAAGCGGGGAGCCACCAUUUUGGGCAGAACUAAUUGUUAUCCAUUUACUCUGGAGCAUGGGUAGGCAAACUAAGGCCCAGGGGCUGGAUCCGGCCCAAUUGCCUUCUAAAUCCAGCCCGCGGAUGUUCUGGGAAUCAGCAUGUUUUCACAUGAGUAGAAUGUGUGAUUUUUUAAAAAAUGCAUCUCUGGGUUAUUUUUGGGACAUAGGAAUUCAUUCAUUCAUUCCCCUCCCCCCCCAAAAAUAGUCCGGCCCCCCACAAGGUCUGAGGGACAGUAGAUCGGCCCCCUGCUGAAAAAGUUUGCUGACUCCUGCUCUGGAGAGUUAUUUUGAAAGCAAUUUCAAGCUCUCAUUGUUUUUUUUAACCAUCCCAUAUUCGUCGAUGUCAUCUACAAAUGUCUAGCUAUCGAUUUUAUAGGUAUUUGCAAGAUCAGUACCUUUAUCUACCAUAAUUGUACCUUGGAUUUGAUGGAAUAUUUCCUACCCAUAAUGACAUGGUUAAAUUUCUGUUUUCUGUCUCAACAAAAUCAAGAAGACAUCUUUUUUAAAACCAAAAUGUCACAAACUACCCUCCUGAAAAAGAUAUUAACGGGCCAAAUUGAAAAAGAAGUGCUACUUUAGAUGUUCUGUUUCUUUCUAGCCAACCAAUUAAAACAUGGCCUGAGGCUGAAAGUCUGUAUGAAUAUAAGGCACUUGGAAAAUAGCUUCUACCUUUGAUGUCAGUCAGAUUCAACAACAUGCUGAACUUCUGCCAAAAGAGUAAAGAACAACAAGAUGUACAGCAAAACACCAUGUCUAGCAAAAUAACACCAACAAAGGAAUGGCAUAUACAGCUGGCCUUUUUGUUGAAUAUGGAGGACCUUCUCUGCACCUUCUAAAGCUAUUUGCACCUUUGUGCAGUGUGUAAUCAGAAUGGUGGCACUUUUCAUCUGCUUGGCUCAAGUGUAAAUAGUCUACUUUGAAAAGUAAUCAAGAACCAGAUCCCAGAAGCAAAGGUCUGCUAAGUCUAUUGUAAACAAAAAAACAAACAAAAUCAGACAUUUUGUUCCAAGAUUGCUGGAACAAGCCCUAUUCAGACAUUAAUUAUCUACCUGAGCAGGGUUUAAGAGUGGAAAGAAAGCACCUGUCAUAUCUCAAAUAUAUUUGCACCAUGUUUGACAUUUGCACAAAUAGUUAACAUACUUUAAGCACUAACAGAAGUGUCAUACUUCAGUCGAUCAAUUGUACUUACAAGAAAUGGUUUCUGCUUUCAAAAAAAAGAAAAGAUAGAAAAAAGAUGUCAAUCACAGAGGAGAUUUUAAUUACUGAGCCGAAAUAAAACCCUAUGUCGCCAUUCCAUCAUUUGAAUGGGGAUUGUGUUUGAAGAUCCUGGUGGAUUGCGCCAUUUAGUAUUACUUGCAGAAACCUCAGAACUAUUCUAGCAAGACGAAUGAUCAACAUAUGAAUUAGCCUAUUUGUUUUGCACUAUAACCAUCUGCAGAAUAAUCUGGGAUUAUUCAGUCUGUCUCAGAGGACUGCAUGAAAGGAUAUCAUGUUUAGAUUUGCAUUGAAGUUGGUGUACUUUUAUGCAAACCAGAGCGCAGCAACAUACAUUUGGAGAUUGAUUUUAGCUAGAGCUGAGUCAACACUAUCCCUCAUUUUGUGUUUGUUUUUCAGUAAUUUUUUGGUAAUUUUUAAAAAUGUGAACACAUUUUGUUUCAGUGCUGUUCUUCUUGGAGCUAUUUUCCUCCUUUGUUAUCCUUGUCCCCAUUUGUCCACAGUUCCCUGGGAUACUCCAGUUCCACCAUCCUGCUAAGCCACUUACACAAUCCCUUCUCUCAGCCCUGCAGAGCCUGAAUUCUGCUACCUGCUCCUCCGCCCAUCAGAGCACCUCCUCUCAACCCUAAUAGCUAAAUGCAAACUCCAUGUUCUGAAGCAGUCUGUCUCACGUUAGCAGUUGUUGGGAACAAACAGCAAAAGGGUUGGGGAUGUUGCAAAUUCCCCAGAGAAGUUUGGUUGCCAACACUUCUUGUACUAUUUUGCUCAUGUAGUUGAAGUUGAAGUCGAUCUGGCUCAGAAUUCAGUUUUUCAUCUCCCAUAAUGCUUGGAGGCAUUCUAGAUUGAGUGACAUUUGCCUUCUGAAUAGUGACAUGAUAAUCUAGCAGCUCCAUGUUUAGAAUGUUUAUUUACCCCAUUUAUUGGUUUCCCAAUAAUACAACAGUAUGAAGCAGCACUAAAAUAGCUGUAAUAAAAUGGAAAGGGGGAAAAAACUUAGCAAGCAAAAGACAAUGCAACCCUCUGCAAAAACAAACAACCCCCAAAGAGUAAACAAGCCAAAUUAAACAACAAAAUGCAGAAUUAAAAGCAGUCCAGUUGGUCAGCAAUAAUGGGAAUUUUAAUCCAGCAAUAUCUAUAGGGCACCACAUUGUCUACCAUUAUUUGACAAUGGUCUUAAGGUUCAGCAUCUCACAUUGGUUUAUAUGGAGGUCCAUCAUUCAGAUUUCUCUAUAGCAGAGAAUAAUCCCUAGAAGCAGAAUAGGUCUUUACUCUAGUAGGAGAGUGCAUGCAUUGCAUUCAAGAGGUCUCAAGGUUCGUCUACAGGUUUGUUUGCUGAGGCUCUAGAGAUCCAUUCUCAAUCAGUGUUGAAUAUCUAGCAAAGCAUCAGCAGCAUUCCAGCCAUUUGGUAGAACUGUUAAAUAUAGUCACUGUUCAAAAAUAUUGCUGGUGUUUAUAAUACUUCCAUGUAAUUAAAUUAUCAAGGUUGAACUCUCCAAUAAAUUAUGUGUGCUGCUGUUUAUUAAGGGAAGCGUUGAGACCACAGGUGCUUGGUCGUGCAGCCAACAGUGUAGCAUAUUUGUAAGGACAUGGUUGGUUGGCAUCUGUCUGUCUCGGGAACAAUGCAAGGGUGCGUCUUCGGGGGUGAAGUCAAAUCAUUAGACAGUUACAGCAUGGCUAUGACUGUAGAGACUGAUAUGGGAAAUAUGUCUUUUGCUGCAGGUGGGGCAGAUGAAGGUGUCCAAUUGUGCUGAUGCAGGUGUUUCCUCUUUCUGCUCUCCUCCCAGCGGUCAUUCUCUAUGCAAAGAAAUGGUUAAAAGGUAAAGGGGCCGCUGGCCAUUAGGGUUGUGGUGCUCAUCUCACGUUAUUGGCUGAGGGAGCCAGCGUACAGCUUCCAGGCCAUGUGGCCAGCAUGACUAAGCCACUUCUGGCGAACCAAAGCAGCACAUGGAAAAGCCGUUUACCUUCCCACUUGGAGCGGUACCUAUUUAUCUACUUGCACUUUGAUGUGCUUUCGAACUGCUAGGUUGGCAGGAGCUGGGACCGAGCAACGGGAGCUCACCCCAUUGCGGGGAUACGAACCGCCGGCCUUCUGAUCGACAAGCCCUAGGCUCUGUGGUUUAACCCACAGCACCACCCGCGUCCCAAAGAAAUGUGUUUUCAUAUACCAUCAGUGCCAGAAGCUUCAGAAAAUUGGCACCAUCUAAAAGUUAGUGCAGAUUGAUUUUCUUCUUCCUGGAUAUCUGAUAAUUUGAGAAACUAAACUGUAAAAACUGCUUGGGGGGGUAUUUUGAUUACCUCCACUUGAAGCAGACAACAAGACUGGUAUGUGAACUGCACUUUGUCAUCAUUAUGAUGAACACGGAGAAAUGGGCAAACCUCAGUCCUUCGGAAUUCUCUCAGCUUCAGAAGUAUGCAGAAUAUUCUACAAAGAAAAUUAAGGAUGUUUUGGAAGAAUUCCAUGGUAAUGGUGUGCUAGCAAAGUACAAUCCUGAAGGGAAGCAAGAUAUUCUUAAACAAACAAUUGACUUAGAAGGAUUCAAGUUAUUUAUGAAGACUUUCCUGGAGGCUGACCUCCCAGAAGAAUUUUGUGAGCACCUAUUUACCUCAUUUGGCAGCAAAAUCCCUUAUAGUAGUCCUAUGGUAAAGACUAAGCCUCCGCUCCUUCCAGGAGGCUUGCGAAUUACUAAAAGCAUGACACCAUCUCGCCCACCACCUUCCACUUUGCACAUACCAGAAGUUAUCCAGUUGAAAGAUAUUGUUUGUUAUCUUUCCCUUCUUGAAAGAGGAAGACCUGAAGACAAACUAGAAUUUAUGUUUCGCUUGUAUGACACAGAUGGGAAUGGUUUCCUGGAUAGCUCGGAACUGGAAAACAUUAUCGCUCAGAUGAUGCACGUUGCAGAAUAUCUUGAAUGGGAUGUCACUGAACUCAGUCCAAUUCUUCAUGAGAUGAUGGAAGAAAUUGACUAUGACCAUGAUGGCACCGUUUCCUUGGAAGAAUGGAUCCAGGGCGGGAUGACUACAAUCCCACUCUUAGUGUUGCUUGGACUGGAGAGUAAUGUGAAGGAUGAUGGGCAGCAUGUAUGGAGGCUGAAACACUUCAACAAACCUGCCUAUUGCAAUCUUUGCUUGAACAUGCUUAUAGGAGUAGGCAAACAGGGCCUCUCCUGCUCAUUUUGUAAGUAUACAGUCCAUGAACGUUGCGUUUCGAGAGCACCAGCUUCUUGCAUCAAAACAUAUGUGAAAUCCAAAAAGAAUACUGAGGUCAUGCAUCACUUCUGGGUAGAAGGGAAUUGUCCAUCCAAAUGUGAUAAGUGCCACAAAACUGUAAAAUGUUACCAAGGAUUGACUGGGUUGCAUUGCGUCUGGUGCCAAGUCACACUGCAUAACAAAUGUGCAUCACACCUCAAACCUGAAUGUGAUUGUGGCGUUCUGAAGGAUCAUAUUCUACCACCCACAUCUAUCUGCCCUGUAGUAUUGACUCUACCUCCUUUAGGAGUUUCGCUUCCUGAGGAACGCCAGGCAACUGUGAAAAAAGAAAAUGAUGGUUCUCAACAAACAAACAAACUAGGUGAUCGGAACAAGAUGCAGAGAGCAAAUUCUGUCACUGUAGAAGGGCAAGGCCUUCAGAUUACACCUUCUCGGGGUACUCAUCCGCUUCUAGUUUUCGUCAACCCUAAGAGCGGUGGAAAACAAGGAGAAAGAAUUUACAGAAAAUUCCAGUAUCUUUUGAAUCCUCGUCAAGUUUACAGCCUUGCUGGAAAUGGGCCAAUGCCAGGGUUGAAUUUUUUCCGAGAUGUGGCUGACUUUCGAGUAUUAGCAUGUGGUGGAGAUGGAACUGUGGGGUGGAUUUUGGACUGCAUAGAAAAAGCAAAUUUGAUUAAGCACCCUCCAGUUGCUAUUCUUCCCCUUGGAACUGGGAAUGACUUAGCCAGGUGUCUGAGAUGGGGAGGAGGGUAUGAAGGCGAGAAUCUUCUGAAGAUCCUAAAAGAUAUUGAGAACAGUACAGAGAUCUUGCUUGACAGGUGGAAAUUUGAAGUCAUACCUAACGAUAAAGAUGAAAAAGGAGACCCAGUGCCUUACAGCAUCAUCAAUAAUUACUUUUCCAUUGGAGUGGAUGCUUCGAUCGCUCACAGGUUUCAUAUCAUGCGAGAAAAACACCCAGAGAAGUUCAACAGCAGAAUGAAGAAUAAAUUUUGGUAUUUCGAAUUUGGCACUUCAGAAACUUUUUCAGCAACCUGCAAGAAGCUUCACGAAUCCCUAGAAAUAGAAUGUGAUGGAUUUCAGAUAGACUUAAACAAUAUUUCCCUGGAAGGGAUUGCCAUUUUGAACAUCCCAAGCAUGCAUGGAGGAUCAAAUCUUUGGGGUGAGACCAGGAAAAGGCGAAGCCAUCGUCUAUUCGAAAAGAACAGGUCAGAUAAAAGAAGCACUGUUACGGAUGCUAAGGAGCUGAAGUUUGCAUGCCAAGAUCUGAGUGAUCAGCUGAUGGAAGUAGUUGGUCUGGAGGGAGCCAUGGAGAUGGGUCAAAUAUACACUGGGCUGAAAAGUGCUGGGAGACGUCUUGCUCAAUGCUCAUCUGUUAUCAUCAGGACUAGCAAGUCUCUGCCUAUGCAGAUUGAUGGGGAGCCAUGGAUGCAAACACCUUGUACGAUAAAAAUCACCCACAAGAACCAAGCUCCAAUCCUGAUGGGACCACCUCCCAAAACUGGGCUCUUCUCUUCCAUCAUUAAGAGAACAAGGAACUGCAGCAAAGAAUAAGCUUCUUUUUAGUUAAAUCCUUACAAAAUCAAAUUAGCAGGGAUUUGGAAUAUGUACGCUGGAAACCUUUCAAGGGUUUUCAAAUGUUCUCUACUGCAUAAUCAUGGAAUCUGGAAUAACAGUUUCUGUGACUGAGCUAAUGUAAAACGAUGCUAUUAGAAUAAUUUAUUGCCACAGUUUUGUAGGCAUUUUGCAUGAAGAA